AUGCACAACAUCCACACAACUCUCAGAUCCGGCCCAUUAUUGGGCAUCAGCCUGGAUAGAGAUGCAUACAUUCCAGGUGAUACCAUAACUGGCCAUGUAUAUCGGCAAUGUCAUACCAUAAGCCCAGACGCAUCUGUGAGCAUUUGCAUGUUUGGAAGAGGGCGAACGAUGGCAGUUAUCGGCAACUCCCAGGAAUACCGAGGACUUUUCAACCUCUGCUAUCAUCCAAAGAUCAUCUUCCGGGGUCCUUUACAUAUCGAGUCGUCGAAACACAAACAUAAAUGGCCAUUUACUGUACCGUUUCCAAAAUACGUUAAUACUUAUCAUCCUUUGGCCAUAGACCAUAUAAUGCCACCAUCAUAUACACUUCGAAAGACGAAGAGUAUGGCAGCAGUCAUUGAAUAUGUCGUCAAGGCGAAACUUAUAGUGACCGUUCAUGGUCAGACUGAAGUACUUGAAGCUACGUUUCCCUUCAAAGUCAUCGACUUGACUCCCGAUCCCCCAAUUGCAGACUUUCGAGUUGAACGAUAUCCCAACCAGCGUGUUGUUUCGAGUUACCGGCUUAUUCCUGGGAUGGAAGAUGUCAAAUUCUCUUGGAAAGAGAAGAUCAAACAGUCUCUCCAUGGCGUGAAGGAUCCUGCAUUGGAGUUUGACUUGCUUGUUGAGGUGCCAAUGGUCAUUCAGCUGGAUAACCCAACGCCGAUACCGUUCAGACUCUUGGUGUCACCGCACUGGGAGGAAACGAGCGAUGCAAUUAGAGAUGUACCACAGAACGUCAAGCUUUUAUCGGCACACGUCUGUAUUGUCACCAUCACGACGAUUCUUUGUCAUGCGGAGUUACAAGUACAAGAAAGCACAGAGGUCGACCUUGGGCUCGAUCAAGCAAUCAGCAAGCUCAAUAAAAAUAUACGAAUACCAUUUACAACUGGUUGGCAACCCAUCGACAUCGGAGAAAUGAUUAACCUUCGCAUCGGUCUACUGGAUACGGGAUUUCCUCAACAAUGGACCCACGCACAAUAUGAGUUUACGCACUCAUUCCAGAGGUACAAUAUCCGUGUUUCACAUCAAUUGAAGUGGUCAGUACACGGUAAAAUCGCGGGAGAGAAGUUUAAUGCAGCGGGAACAUCUGAUUUGUUGGUCUUGAAGCCGAGCGAUGAUCGACUCCAUGUCCAACAGGAACCACAAGAUGUUGUUUUGGAGGCCGGAGAGAGGAUACCGCUGCGUCAGGAUUCAUCAUGGAUUAGGCCACCUGCCGAAGAAGAUCUACCGACCUUUGCAGAUGCGCAGAGGGAGAAUCAAUUAUAG